UUCCAAUUUUAUCUUUUAUAGACCAAAAAUAUUUCAAAAUCAAUUCUGCUUAAGUGGGGAAUCACUUUUUUGUUGAAUGGGGGGAAUAAUCACUUUUGUCUAUGCCAUAGAGGUGGCGUAGGAAUAACGGAAACUUCUCACACGGUCACGAAGCGCUUAAGAAAGAAAAAUAAACGCGGUUAAGCGCAGCGCAAAAGGCCACAAACAAAUACAUUCAUUCAACGCAAAACAACAAAGAGAACACUAAUUGAAAUUGAAAUUGAAGUUAGAUUUGCAUUUGAUGGAGUCUGAAGCUCACAUUCAAACUCAAAGAGAUCGCAGAACAGAUGCUCUUGGAGAUCUCCGAGUUCUUCCCGACGAAACCAUCUGCUCAAUUUUGGAACGACUCACUCCUCGAGAUGUUGCUCGCGUCGCUUGCGUUAGCAGUGUGAUGUAUAUACUAUCCAAUGAAGAACCAUUAUGGAUGACUCUAUGCCUAAGAGGAGCAUCUGGUUUUCUUCAAUACAAAGGCUCUUGGAAGAAAACUGCUCUGCAUAAUGAGAAUCUUCCAGAUAAGUACAAAGAGUUGCAUAGACCGCCUUUACAUUUUGAUGGAUUCAACUCUUUAUUUUUGUAUCGGAGGUUAUAUCGGUGUCAUACCACAUUGGAUACAUUUUAUACAGUCGGUGGAAAUGUGGAAAGAUUAAACGACAUCUCAUUGAAGGACUUCUAUAACGAGUAUGACAUGAAGAAACCGGUCAUGAUUAAUGGACUGGCGGAUACAUGGCCUGCUAGGCAUAAAUGGACAACUGAUCAGCUGUUACUAGACUAUGGAGACGUAGCGUUUAAAAUUUCUCAAAGGAGUUCCAAAAAGGUCUCCAUGAAGUUCAAGGAUUAUGUCUCCUACAUGGAAGUUCAACACGAUGAAGACCCAUUAUAUAUUUUUGACGAAAAGUUUGGCGAACAUGCACCUAGCUUAUUGAAGGAUUACUGUGUGCCUCAUCUUUUUCAAGAAGACUUCUUCGAUAUCUUAGAUACAGAUAAACGACCAUCCUAUAGGUGGCUCAUAAUUGGACCACAGAGAUCCGGUGCCUCUUGGCAUGUUGAUCCAGCUCUUACAAGUGCAUGGAAUACUCUUCUUUCUGGCCGUAAAAGGUGGGCAUUAUAUCCACCUGGAAAAGUGCCGUUAGGUGUGACGGUACAUGUUAAUGAAGAAGAUGGUGAUGUCAGUAUUGAGACACCAUCAUCACUGCAGUGGUGGCUAGAUUUUUAUCCUCUUCUUGCUGAUGAAGACAAGCCGAUUGAAUGUACACAACUUCCUGGAGAGACAAUUUAUGUUCCGAGUGGAUGGUGGCACUGUAUUUUAAAUUUGGAAACAACUAUUGCAGUCACACAGAAUUUUGUGAAUUCUAAUAACUUUGAGUUUGUAUGUUUGGAUAUGGCACCUGGUUAUCGUCAUAAAGGAGUUUGCCGUGUAGGUUUGCUUGCUCUUGAAGAAGAUGUUUAUGAAAAUGUCAUACCGAACAUGUCAUGUAAUGAAGAAAACUUAAGUUACUCUGAUUUAUCAAGGAAAGAGAAAAGAUCCAAAACUCUGAAAGAUGUAGAUGAUCUAUGUUUUGAAAGAGAAAUAAGCGGUGUAUCUAGAAGCUAUAAUUUAUGGAAAGGUGGAUUUUCUUAUGAUAUAAACUUCUUGUCCAUGUUUUUGGAUAAGGAUAGAGACCACUACAGUUCUGAGUGGAGCUCGGGCAACAGCAUUGGACAGCGAGAACUAAGAGAAUGGUUAUCCAAGCUUUGGAUUCAAAAGCCAGAUAUGAGAGAUCUAAUAUGGAAGGGAGCAUGUAUUGCACUAAAUGCGGACAAGUGGUUAGAAUGCUUGUCAAAAAUUUGUGCCUUCAACAAUCUGCCCCCUCCCACUGAUGACGAAAGGCUUCCUGUUGGUACGGGUAGCAAUCCUGUUUAUCUCGUGGGGAACAAUGUUGUUAAGAUUUUUGUUGAAGGAGGACUGGAAGCAUCACUUUAUGGUUUAGGCACAGAGCUAGAGUUUUAUACUCUGCUACUUGAAGCCGACUCGCCUCUCAGGAAACAUAUUCCUAGUGUUCUGGCCAGUGGGGUUGUUUAUCUUGAAGACGGAUCCUAUAACAAUUUAAGUUGGGAUGGAAAAGGAGUUCCCAACAUCAUUCUGAAGAGCAAUAUCAUCACAAACAAAUGUGAUGUUCAUGGUUUCCCAUUUGGGGUAUGGGGCAAGAAGCUGCUAGAGAAUAGGAAUGCUGGGAUUUCGGUGGACGGAUCAGUUAGUGUAGCCAACUCAAGCAUAUGGCCAUAUAUGAUAACUAAGCGAUGUGAAGGGAAUAUGUUUGCUGACUUAAGAGACAGAUUAUCAUGGGAAGAUACAACAAACUUGGCCUCCUUCUUGGGGGAGCAACUGCGCCACCUUCAUCUUUUGCCACAUCCACCUUUAAAUAAUUCAUUUAUAUCUGAUAUUGAACGUGAAUUAAGCUGGUCUGAUGCAAAUGGUUGUGUUGCAAAUGUUAAUGGUAAAUCAAACAAUGCAGCAGAAUGGGGAAUCUUCAUCAGAAUCUUAACAAAGAUGAGGAAGGAUGUCUCAAGCCGUUUGACCAAGUGGGGAGAUCCAAUUCCUAGCAAACUGAUUGAGAAAAUUGAUGAAUAUAUCCCAUCUGAUUUAUCUAAGCUGCUAAAUAUAAACGAGAAUUUCUCAAGUGGUGCCUCUAAACCUUGCUCCUGGAUACAUACUGACAUUAUGGAUGAUAAUAUUUACAUGGAACCAUCAUCGGUUUGCUCUACCUCCAGUGGGAAUACAGAAGAUGCUGUCCAGGCGGACAAUGGUUUAUCGAAUAACCAUGUUGGAGUGAAAUCCUGGUGUCCUAGUUACAUCCUUGAUUUCAGUGAUCUUUCUACCGGUGAUCCUAUUUUUGACUUAAUACCAAUUUAUUUGGACGUGUUUAGAGGCGAUUCAUAUCUCCUUAAGAAAUUUUUGGAAAGUUACAAACUUCCUUUUUCUUGCAACAUAUCUAAGUACGAGUCAGCAGAGGGUGGUCAAAAGUUUGGGCGACUUUCAUAUGUUGCUAUGUGUUAUUGUAUUUUACAUGAUGAUAAUGUCUUGGGAGCUAUUUUUAGCAUAUGGGAAGAACUGAAAUCAUCAGAGUCAUGGGAAGAAGUUGAGAUGACAGUGUGGGGAGAGCUGAACAACUACAAAGGCUUUCUUGACCAUUUGCUGCAUCGAAAUAUUUUCCGAGCCUGAACACACGUUAGAGCCCAGUGAUAAUACAUGCAUACGUACGUACGUACAAACAUUACCAUACAUGUUUAAAUUAUCUAGUAGCAAAAGAAAACUGAGAGAUAGAAAGAAGUUUAACAAUAAUCGGUUGCCUCUUUUUAUAAUUACAUUCUGUAUGUUUUAUAAUAAAGUGUAUGUCAGCGUAUAGUCGAUGGAGUUCGAAGAUAUUACACA